AUGGGACUAGAAUCAGUAGCUAAGUCGACAACUCAAAUCGUGCAAGCAUCGUCAAUGCCGGAGUUUCAAGUGACCGAAAAUUGGACAUUAUGGCACGAACGCUUCGAAAUGCAUUUAUUGGAGAUUGGCUGCGAAUCGGAUACGGUGAAAAUUUCCACGUUGUUGAAAUCAAUCGGCUCGGAAGCAUAUGGUGUUGUUCACAGCUUGUGCAGUCCAACGGUACCGGCAAAGAAAUCGUACGAUGAUUUAAUUGCCCUUCUGAAGCAACAAUACACGCCACCGAAAAUUGUGUUUCAAGAAAGAAAAAAUUUCUACGCAGCAAAAAUGGCACAAGGUGAGACUGUUGCAUCAUGGUUUGCCAGAGUAAAAAAACUUGCAAUCGACUGCAGCUUCGACGCAAAUUUGGACAAUUUCGUAGUAGACAAAUUUGUUUGCGAAUUGCCACCAAGGAUAUUUGAGAAGUUGUGCGAAGAGGAUGGCAAAUUAUCAUCAAGUGAUGCACUCAAAAAGGCUAUGCUACGUGAAACCAAACUUAACCAACAAAAUGGGGUGACCGCAUGGAGCAAUGAGGUUGACUAUGUGAAACCACGUGGUGGAGGCAACAAGCAGAAGGCACCGAAGAACAACAACAACAACAACAGCAACGGGACAAAGGCAAAUAACGGGAAGUGUACACACUGUGGACGCAAAAAUCAUGCAUCGAAUCAAUGUCGUUUCAAGGACAAGGCUUGCCAUAAAUGUGGGGUUAUUGGGCAUUUAGCGAAUAUUUGCUCCAACAAGGCUAAGAAAAACAAUAAUUCCAUUCAAUAUAUUCAAAAUGAUUACAAUUAUCGUGAUGCUAAUAAUUUUUUGAAUUCCGUAUACAGCAUUAACCACGGAGAAGUUGGUGAUUUCGAUGAAAGCAAGAAACACGUGUAUUCGAUCGGGAACGGAGCGGAUUUGCCGUACAGGCUAACGGUUGGCAUUAAUGGGAUUGACCACACAUGUGACUGUGAUACCGGUGCUCCGUGCUCUCUCAUGUCUAUCCAGGUCUUCAAUUCACUGUUCGAUCGAAGCAUAUUGCGACCAUGCACAGAACCAUUCACGGGCUACGGAGGUGACCAAUUAAAUAUUUUGGGUGAGUUCAAAGCUUGUGUUAAUUUGCAUGGACGGAUCGAGUGUGGAAGAAUUGUUGUGACCAAUUAUUAUAGACCAACGUUAAUAGGCCGUGAUUUCUUGAGAAAAUUUGAAUUUGAUCUAGUGCAAUCGAACAAUUCUGUAAAUUUUGUAGAUUCAUACGAUGAGAUCAUCUCGCAAAUCAAAAGUGAUUUUUCUGAAAUUUUCAAAAGUGGUUUAGGGAAAUGCAACACAACUGUUAUCAAGCUUCCAUUAAUCAAUGAUGCCACGCCAAUUUUUUGUAAGGCCAGACCCAUACCGAUGGCAUUUCGUGAGAAAAUUGAGCAACAGUUACAACAGUUAGUCGAACAAGACAUCAUCACACCUGUAAAUGACUCAGAUUGGGGUACGCCAAUUGUACCCAUUCCAAAAUCUGAUGGUGAAAUCAGAAUAUGUGGCGAUUAUAAGUCAACGAUAAAUCGAUUCCUUAAAGACUUUCGGUAUCCACUACCGCGUAUUGAGGAAAUCUUCGCUUCAAUGCAAGGAGGACAAUUGUUCACCAAACUCGAUUUAUCUGGCGCCUACAAUCAACUUGUUCUGGAUGAUGAUGCGCAAAAGUUGUGCACUCUCAGCACACAUAAAGGAUUGUUUCGCAUGAAAAGACUUCCAUUUGGCGUGAAGAUAGCCGCUUCAAUUUUUCAAAAGACAAUGGAGUCGCUUCUUUCUCAGUUUGCCAAUGUUUUUUGUUUUCAAGAUGAUAUAGUAGUCACAGGAAAUAAUUUUGCUGGUCAUUUGAGCACGCUACGGAAAGUGCUGACUAAACUUCAAGAAGCUGGUCUACGACUGAACGUCGGUAAAUGCAAAUUCUUUCAGAGCAAAAUCUCAUACUUAGGUUUUGAUGUGGAUAAAAAUGGCCUUAGUAAGAAUCAAGAAAGGACAAAAAGUGUCAUUGAUUCGCCGCAACCCACAAACGUUUCUGAACUACGAGCAUUCAUCGGCAUGGUUAAUCAUCAUUCGAAAUUUAUUCCGAAUUUUGCUCAGCGUAUGAUACCACUAUAUGAUUUGCUAAAAAAGGAUGUUGAUUACGUUUGGACAAGAGCUUGUCAAGAAGCAUUCGAAUCGAUGAAGAAGGAAAUUUGUUCAGAUACCAUUUUAGCUCAUUUUGAUGCAAAUAAGCCAAUAAUUCUUACGACAGACGCAUGUGGCACAGCCGUCGCAGGUCGUUUAUCUCACAUAUUUGAAGAUGGAUCUGAUAGACCGGUUGCAUUUGUCUCACGUGCAUUAAAUAACGCCGAGAAAAAUUAUAGUACGUUUGAAAAAGAAGCACUUGCUAUUAUUUUUAGUGUGACGAAAUUGCGUCAGUAUUUGUUAGGUAAUAAAUUUAUUCUUCGAACGGACCAUAAACCAUUAGUCACAAUAUUUGGAGAGAAUAAAGGUAUUCCAGUGAUGGCAGCCGCUCGAAUUCAGAGAUGGGCUCUUCUUCUUUCAGGUUUCAAUUACUCUAUUGAGUAUGUCAAAGGCGCACUUAAUACGUCUGACAGCUUGUCACGUUUGCGACAAUUCGAAACCACCACAAUCCAUGAAGAGGCUUCAUACAUAAAUUAUGUCGGUUUUGUCAACAUCACACAAAUUGAUUACAAAACUAUUGCGUUGCAUACACGCCGUGAUCCAAUUCUUUCGAAAAUAAUGGAUUCCGUUCAGAAUGGCACACUCAAUAAUUUGCAAGGCGAUGACUUUAAAGCAUAUCGAUCAAAGGCACUUGAGCUAUCAGUUGAAAGUGGAUGUGUUCUUUGGGGAUAUCGCACGGUAAUUCCAAGUAAAUUACAAAAAGCUGUCUUGGAAGCUCUUCACAUGUCUCACUUGGGAAUUGUGAAAACAAAGUCACUCGCGCGCUCAUACGUCUAUUGGCCGAAUAUCGAUAAAGACAUUGAAUUCAUGAUUAAGUCAUGUGAACCGUGUCAAUUGACACAACCAAAUCCAGAGAAGAGUUCACUAAUUCCAUGGACUCCAACAGAUUCUGCUUGGAAAAGAAUUCAUAUCGAUUUUGCAGGUCCAAUUAAGGGAUUCAUGUUAUUCAUUGUGAUUGAUUCUUUUUCUAAAUGGGUCGAAGUGUUUAAAACGAAAGACAUCACAUCAGCUUUUGUGAUCGCCAAGUUGAGGGAAACAUUCUGCCGUUAUGGUUUAGUUGACAUCAUUGUCAGCGAUAACGGAAGGCAAUUCACUUCUGCCGAAUUUCAAGAGUUCGUCAAACAAAAUGGCAUAAAUCACAUUUUCACAGCACCGGGCAAUCCGUCCACUAAUGGCCAAGCUGAAAAUUUUGUCAAAACGCUCAAAAAGUCGAUUGUUGCGAAUAUUAACAAGCACAAGAACAUCGAUAUGGAUGAAGUACUGAACAAAUUUUUAUUCGACUAUCGCAUCACUAAACACUGUACGACAAAUCAAUCACCUUCGAAAAUAAUGUUUGGUAGAGAAGCGAAAUCGCGAUUUAGUUUGAUGAAACCACCGCUUAUUCGUGAAACCAUCAUACAAAAAAAUCAAACGGCAAUAAAGAAUUACAAAGGCAAACGUAACGUCGAAUUUUCAAAGGGACAGCAAGUUUAUGUCCGAAAUUACAAGAAUCCAAAUAAACCUGGUUGGUCACCAGCAAUUGUUAAGCACAAGAUCGGUUCUCGCAAUUACACUUGUUUGCUCAUACGAGAAAAUCGUGACAUCAAACGUCACUUAAAUCAAAUCCGCGGAGCAGUGAAUGAUGAUGGUGCAUCGGAAACAAGUGCAACGUUAGAGCAAAACGAUGAAGUCGAGCCGACUGAUAUCGUAGAUGAUGAACAAACUGGAGCAUCCAGCGAAGAUGAAGAGACCUCUGAAAACGAGCAUGAAGCAUCUGGUGGGGGAGAGGAGUCGUUCGACACAGCGAAUAGUUCAAAUGAUUCAGUCACUAUGGCUGAUAACACACUGAUCGAUGGCUUUCCCAUGCCCAUACCUGAGCCGCAAGUGCGGCAACCGCAACGAGCCUGUUCGAAGAAGGCAGCUGAACAAAUCACAAAACAAUUGCAACCGAAUCGGAAUCGCUAG